CGCGUUACCGCCGCCGCUGCCGUCAAACCUGGAGCCGCCGCCAGGAAGGAUUAGCUGCCUGGUGACUGAAGAGAGACAGACAGACACAGAGACAGACAGACAGAAAGAGAUGGAGAGAGAGACAGGUGAAAUGAUCUCAUUUUAAAUCAUCAUCUUAAUAAUAACAGAUUUUCAUGAGGGAGAGUUUGUUUUUCCAUGGAAGAGAGAAAGAGAGAGAGAGACCAACUCUGCGCGCGCGUGUGUGUGUGUGUGUGUGUGUGAGUGUGAGAGAGAGAGAGAGUGCGCGCGCCGCGGACUCCCACUCAGUGAUGGAGAGAACGUGAAGGUGGAUUUUGGCAUGUGGAGGAGCAGGUAGAAGAUGCAGAACAGCUGAGUGAACCAGGUGAUGAGGUGGGCGUGGCUGACUGAGGAUGAAUGAUGGAGUGAAGCGGCUGCACUGGGACUCCAGGCGAGCACCAGCUGGAACGUGUCCACGGCACCUGGCGUUGUUUUGAUUCCCCGUAGAAAUGAGGCUCGUUCGUGAUGGUGCUCUGUGUGGAUAAGAAGCCGGGCCAUGACAGAGGGCAGCGUGGGUAAAGGAGAGAUGCAACACCCAGCCCAGCAUCACUACCACCUCUUCCUGGGCGGGGCCUUGCUGCUUCUCCUGGCCAGCUCAGCUCUGAGCUGCCCCGCCCGAUGUGAGUGCUCUGCCCAAAGCAAGUCGGUCAGCUGUCACCGCAAGCGCCUGUCCACCAUCCCUGAAGGCAUCCCCAUCGAGACCCGCGUCUUGGACCUCAGUAAGAACAAACUUCGCAUUGUCACGCCGGACAACUUCUCCUCGUUCCAGCAGCUGGAGGACCUGGAUCUCAGCGACAACCUCAUCAGUGUGGUGGAGCCCGGCUCCUUCCGCUCGCAGCUUUCUCUCCGCUCACUCAGUUUCCGUAGUAAUCUGGUGCAGCUGGUUCCUGCUGGUGUGCUGUCAGGACUGACCAACCUCUCCCAUCUCGACCUCAGUCACAACCGUCUGGUGGUUCUCUUGGAUCAUGCCUUCCAAGACCUGCGCAGGCUCACGUCGCUGGAGGUCGGUGAUAAUGAGUUAGUCUUCAUCUCUCAGCGAGCCUUUAUGGGAUUACUCGGACUCCAGAUUCUGAUCCUGGAACGCUCCAAUCUGACAGUGGUCCCGACUGAUGCUCUGGCACAUCUGCACAAUCUGGUGGAGCUACGCAUGCGCUACCUGAGCAUCACUUUUCUAAAGCCUUUCUCUUUUAAGAGGUUGUCUCAUCUCCGGCGUCUGGAGAUUGAUUACUGGCCCUGGCUGGACGCGCUGCCUCCUCUCUCUCUGCAUGGACUCAACCUCACGAUGUUGUCUAUAACCAACACUAACCUGUCGGCCUUCCCCGGCGCUGCACUGCGCAACCUGCCCUACCUCACACAUCUCAACUUGUCCUACUGCCGCAUCCAGCACAUCCAUCAGGGAGAACUGGGUCUGCUCCCACAUCUGCUGGAGCUCCGCCUCCAAGGGUCUCAUCUUAUUUCUAUUGAGCCUCUUGCAUUUGUGGGCCUGAAAUCUCUGCAACUGCUGGAUGUGUCGCAGAACCGCCUGGACUCUCUGGAGAGGGGCGUGUUCUCCUCACCAGACGGCCUCCGGAGGCUUUGUCUGGGAGGAAAUCCGUUAGUGUGUGACUGCAGGAUGCUUUGGCUGCUCAACAGCCACAAGCCCCCCUCCCUGCAGAUCCUGGAUGUUCAGCCUGUGUGCAGUGCCCCCGAGCACCUUGUGGGGAAAACUCUGCGUGACCUCAAGGAGCCCCUGGUGUCCAGGUACAUGACCUGCUCGAAACCACGGAUCGGACCGAACACGACACAACUGCUGAUGGCCGACGAGGGUGAGCCCGCUCGCCUGAGCUGCACGGCCGAGGGAGCGCCGCGGCCCGCUGUCGUCUGGAUUACACCUCACAGACGUUACAUCACAGCCAAGAGCAGCGGAAGAGUGGAAGUCCGAGCAGAUGGUACCCUGGAGAUCAAGGCUGCGGAGCUGCAUGACAGCGGGGUGUACUUGUGCAUUGCCAGUAACCCCGCUGGCAACGCUAGUCUGUCAGCCUCUUUAGCUGUGAAGAGCACGAGCACUGGGGACAGAUCUCACUAUAGCAACAGGAGCUCAAACUAUCAGACAGACUCUAACAGCACAUCGGGGAACGGCACAGUGCUGUACAACAUGACAGUCCCCAUAGACAUUAAGACUAUCAUCAUAUCUACAGCCAUGGGCUGCCUGUCCUUCCUCGGUGUGGUGGUGUUCUGCUUCCUGCUUCUGUUCAUCUGGAGCCGAGGGAAAGGACGCCAUAAGAACAACUUUGAUAUCGAAUACGUUCCUCGCAAAUCCAACGGCGCGGCGGCCGAGGUGACAGAAACGAGCGGCCCGAGACGCGUCAACAUGAAAAUGAUUUGAAAAUAACACGGGACACCUGCGUCAUCAACGCGGUGCACACAUAUCAGUUUAAAAAAAAACACGUGGGUUCUUUUUUCUAUUGCACAGUGGAUUUGUGACAAACGAAAGUGUUGUAUUAUUAUAGUGGGUGUCAAUUUGACGGUGAUUUUAGUGUGAAUAUAAAAGUGAUGAAAUGAAACUGUGGACGUGUUUAUAUGAAAUAAUGUUCUUAUACAAGUACAAUGAAUAUAAAACUAUAACCAACAUAUCAAUAUGGGAGUGAUUCUAGUGCUGGGCAUGUGUUUCAGUGGUGACGUGAUGAGUGUUGUCGACUCACCGUGACAUCCAGGUGAACGGGGGGAAGCGUAGAGCGAUCAUCGCCGCGACGCGUCGGGACGAGAAUUGUCUGUUACCCAUCUUAGCUGCAGUGUGAAAGGGGGCGUGUGCUGUGUUCAUGUGUGUGCGCGCAUGCGUGAGUGCAUCAGUGUGCGCAUGUUGCAUUUGUGUGUUUCUUUGUGCAUGUGCACGCAUUGCCUUUCUUGUUGGACGGAACAAUUAAAAACAAACGAUGGGGGUCCAGAGCGUUCUUUUCCAGGCCUUUGUUCUUGUUCAGUCAUCGUAACGACAGUUCUGUCAAUGUUGAGUAAAAAAAAAACAAACAAAAAAACAAUGGGUUACCUACUUUAUGUUUGUAUGCAAAAAUCACAUUUAUUGUACUGAGGAAAAUGCUGCAUACAUUUUGAAAUAGGUCCAUGAAUCAUGAAUUUUUCUAAACUCAAGGAAACGUGAACAGCAUGGAGCUCACUUUACAACCCUGCAAGACACUUUUCCAGAGGAAUAAUAGUUGUCAGCGGUGUUAUUGCUCUGGAAAGGCUUCCAGCUAUAGAAAUGGCAUGUUAACCCCAUUCUAUAACGUAGUAAAUCAUGGGCAGAUUUUCCUGCCACACAAAUCCCUUGAUAUGAUAUAAAACAGUCAGUGACCAGAUGCAGUGGCAAAGAUUUACUGGCCAGUUCCGUUUUUUAGACAAGACAAAGUUGAGCUCCAUGGAUUUAUACGUUGAAUUUCUCCCCUCGUGCAUUUUCCUUUGAUCGCAUCACUUCAAGCUACUGUGGGGCACCAGGGCUUUCACGAAUUUAUUAGAUGGUAAUUUGAAAGUUGUAGUGGAAACUUGUGUUUGUUUGUUUGUUUGUUUGUUUGUUUGUUUGUUUAUUUUUCUCGACAAUGUUUUCAAUGUUCAAGGGGGAAACGCUACAUUUAUGGUGAUUAUUUGUAAUGCGGGGAUGUGGGUGUCAGACUUUUGUGAUCUUGUUGUGAUAAAGGUUGUAUAAUUGUUUUCAUAUGACAAAUUUAUGGGUAUAUUUUCAAAUAAAUCUUAAUCAUACCCCAAAGAUUUGAGUUUUACUACUUUAAAUUUUGUUCAGUUUUUUGUUCUCUGUAACUUAUGUUUAAAAUGAUGUAUGUAUUAUACUAUUAUGACUAAUCAUUACUUCUAAUAUGAUAUUUCAAAAUGUCCCUAAAGUAUUGACUUCUAUAUCUCUGUCCCUAAGUAUUGUAUGAAUACAGUACAGUCCUGACUUUA